UUUCUCCAUCGUGUGUGCCCUCAAAAAGGAGGACUUCUGACGGUUCCCCAAUUUCGGAAGUGAGUGGGAGGUUCCAAGAAGUGACAGUUUCAUUUAUUUCUGCAACAAAACAGAAGAAUGUUCUCAGUGGUGUUUCUCAGCAACUCUUCAGUCUGUGGAAAGUGUGGGCAGUCUCUGUAUUCAGCAUCCCGGAAAAUGUGCGUUCCCUUGAAGUGAUCCGCUGAAAGCGCACACUCAGAUCCUUGUUCCAGCCUGCCUUGCUGCACUGCUCGGAAGCCCUGAAAUGCCUGGUUUCUAGUAGCCCUUGCAACUGGGGAUUCUUCUGCUGAAGAGGCACUAGCAGCUGCGGUUACCUGUGCAUUACCAGAGAGCAAGGACACUUAAGAUGGCUCUGAGCAUUCUGUGUGCACUGUGGGGAUUGGUGCUGGAAGUGGCCCUGACAUUUGGUCCAGUACCAAGGAUCUCUUGGGAACACAGAGAGGUCCAACUAAUACAUUUUCAUAAACCAGAAGUGUCAAACUAUUCAACCUUAUUGCUAAGUGAAGACAAAGAUGUCCUGUAUGUAGGAGCCAGGGAAGUGAUCUUUGCAUUAAACUCGAUGAAUAUUGCUGAAAAGCUACAUGAGUUUCCCUGGGAGGUCACUGAAGAUAAAAGAAUUAAAUGUGCUGUCAAGGGCAAAUCAGAACAGACAGAGUGUCGGAAUUACGUGCGUGUCUUGCAACAACUGAAUGAGACUUUUCUGUAUGUGUGUGGAACUAAUGCAUUUCAGCCGACCUGUGAUUAUCUGAAUUUAAUUUCAUUUGAGCUUGGAGGUAAAAAUGAAGAUGGUAAAGGUAGAUGUCCUUUUGAUCCUGCUCAAAGCUAUACGUCUGUUAUGGUUGAUGAGGAGCUUUAUUCUGGGACUUCUUACAAUUUCCUGGGAAGUGAACCUAUUAUUUCACGAAACUCUCAUCAGAGUCCUUUGAGAACCGAAUAUGCAAUACCUUGGCUUAAUGAGCCGAAUUUUGUUUUUGCUGAUGUGAUUAGAGCUGAUCAAAAUGGCACAGAUGGAGAAGAUGACAAGAUAUACUUCUUUUUCACUGAGGUGUCUGUGGAGUAUGAGUUUGUUGGAAAGCUGAUGAUUCCAAGAAUAGCUAGAGUGUGUAAGAGGGACCAAGGAGGAUUAAGGACUUUGCAGAAAAAAUGGACUUCCUUUCUCAAGGCCAGAUUGAUUUGUACCAUUCCUGAUAAAAAUUUAAUCUUCAAUAUUAUCAACGAUGUUUUUAUUCUGAAGUCUCCAAAUCUGAAGGAACCCGUAAUUUAUGGAGUUUUUACCCCACAACUGAAUAAUGUGGGUCUGUCAGCAGUGUGUGCAUACAAUCUGUCUACUGUAGAAGAAGUUUUCUCAAAAGGAAAAUACAUGCAGAGUGCCACAGUAGAACAGUCUCAUACAAAGUGGGUACGCUACAACGGGGAAAUCCCUAGUCCUCGACCUGGGGCGUGUAUAAGCAACAAAGUUGGAGCAUCAAGCUACAUGAGUUCUCUGAAUUUACCAGACAAAACAUUGCAGUUUGUUAAAGAUCACCCUCUAAUGGAUGAUUCGGUGACCCCAAUAGGAGAUAGACCUCGACUAGUAAAACGAGAUGUGAAGUACACCCAGAUUGUAGUAGACAGAGUGAGAGCACUCAAUGGUACCAUAUACGAUGUCAUGUUCAUUGGUACAGAUCAAGGAGCCUUACACAAAGCUAUUAGCUGUGAAAACGGAAUGCAUAUCAUAGAAGAAACACAGCUUUUCCCAAACUUUGAAUCAGUCCAAACUCUCCUGCUUUCAUCAAAAAGAGGCAAAAAAUACCUCUAUGCUGGCUCAAAUUCUGGUGUGGUUCAGUCUCCUGUGGCGUUCUGUGAUAAAUACACCACUUGCGUGGAUUGCGUUUUAGCAAGGGAUCCCUACUGCGCUUGGAAACCCCUUGAAGGCUCCUGCGUGGAUAUUCUUAAGGAAAGAGACAUGGAAAGGAAUUGGAUUCAGAACAUAGGUGGAGAUGCUUCCUCUUGUUCUGAUAAAGUAAGAGAGAAUUCCCUACAGCAUACAUUCAAGCAUGGGAGCACAGCAGAACUCAAAUGUUCUCAAAAGUCCAAUCUGGCACAGGUAGUUUGGAAGUUCAAGGAUGAUGUGCUGAAAGUAGAGAGCCCCAAAUACCGCCUGCUGGAAAAGGCCUUGCUCAUCUUCAACUUAUCGGAGGGAGACAGUGGCGUUUAUCAGUGUUUGUCAGAAGAAAAAGUGAAGAAUAAGAAGUUUUCUCAAGUGCUGGCGAAGCAUGUUUUGGAACUGAAGAAGAUCCACCACACCACGGCGGGCCCGACGGCGGCAGCUGCCACCACAAAAGGUAAUAGCGAUGAGCCCAAAGCGUCGCCCGCGUCGGCCCAGGGGCCCACGGCCCAGACCUCCACCACUCACAUCAUGCCCGUCACCACAGCAAGGAUCUUAACGAAGCCCGUCGGCCCCGUCCUCACGAGCGCAGCCUCCAACACGGAGAUCUUCAACCUGAUUCCUGAUGCGGUCCCAGAAAAGACCAUGUUCCUCAAGUCAAACGAUAACUUCCUUUUGAUGUUCCUCUUUCUGUUCUUUUUCAUUCUCUUCCUGUGUCUGCUGUCCUACAACUGUUACAAGGGGUACUUGCCAGGCCAGUGCUUGAAAUUCCGCUCAGUUUUGUUGCUGGGCAAGAAGAAGAACAAGUCGGAUUUCUCCGACUGCGAGCAGAGCGUGAAGGAAACCCUGGUGGAGCAGGGCAGCGCCAGCCAGCAGAAUGGGGAGCAGCCGAAGCCGGCCCACGACACGGGCUACGAGACGGAGCCGGACUGCGGCAACGGGCAGGGGCCGCCCGCGGAGGCGCCGGCGCCGCGCGACGCCCGCGACCGCCCCUUCGACGUCAAGUGCGAGCUCAAGUACGCCGACUCGGACGCCGAGGGAGAGUGAGGGCACCCGUGCGACCCGCAGCCCGCGACCCACGCUGCCCCAUCGCCGCGCAUCGAGACGCGGAGCUCCUGUCGGCAGACAGCCGCAUACUGCAUUGUACUCUCUGUUUUUUUUCCUUUUCUAUUUUUUAAUUUUACCUUUAAACGGCCAGUUUCAGAUGCCCCGUCAAGAAGUCCCAAGAUUAUUUUUUGCCCUGCCCCGGGGUGCUUCGCUCUGGCAAGGAGUCACUCACUCACUCACUAUUUGACCCCGUUCUGCCCCUGAGCAAACGUGGCUUUCUAGC